GUUGAAACUGUCAAUCAAUCAUCACGGCCAUCUAAUUAGGUCAACUAAUUAGGUCACCAAUUCAAGACAUCUCUCCGGGCAUAUUGGGACGCCAGUUAAUAAAACACCUCUAUUGGUUUCACAUGUCAGAGAUAUUGAUUAUAUUUUUAAUUUAAUGACUUAAAUUGAUUUUUCAAAUAUUAAAAUAUUUAAUUAAUUAUAUCGUAUUAAUUAAUAUUGAACAGUGCCCGUAUGUUGCUCUGAGUAGUGGUUCAUAUAAGGGUGAAUUUCAAAUCAGCAGUCAUUCUACACUAUUGUAUUUAAGGACAGGUGGUCUAGGAAAAACGUUAGAAAUUAGAAUAUCGUGCAUGUAUUAAUUCUCGUAGAGUAUAACCGUUGAAGAGGACACAUCUUUUCUAAUCAAAGACAAAGUCAACUUUUACAUAAAGGAUUUAAACAAUAAUGAGGACUGGUUUUAUAGUGCCAGCAUAGGAUCACAAAAUAUUAUUCAACGUUGAGACAUCCAAUUGUACAACAAAAGCAGAGCUACAAAUAACGCAGGUGCCAGGUAGUCGUAACACACAGAUUCACAACCAAGACAUACGCCAAAAUCAUCACAACAUACACAAUCAAGAGGACUCCAGACUCAAUCGAUCAGAACAUUGAACGUAAUCAGGACUCAUUUAUAAUCACGAUUACUCAUAGAGAUUUAACCCCUACCAGUCUAGGCAAUAGUUUAGCAGUCACAAUGCUGGAUUUAAACAAUAUGGACUCAAAGAAUAUUAUCAUGGCUGGGUAUAAUGACUGUACAGAGGAAGCGAUACGAUAUCUCACAGAAGUUGAAUUGAUACCUAUAGACGAUCCCAUUAUUAUUGGUCUCAGAGAACAUCUGAGUGAAAAACAGAAAUAUUUGGAUUACACUGAUAUAUUGCAUCAACUUGAACUAGAACUUAAUGCCAGCAGUACGAUAGACUUGGAUAUGGAUACAAAUGAAACAUCAAAUCUAAGAUACCAUAGUAACAAUGAUUCAGGUUGCCAUAGUGACACUGACACUGAUGAAAAUGAUCAUCAGAAUCUCCAUAAUGACAUUUAUUCAUUAUCUCACAAUGCUGAUUUUCCAGAAGUCGGAUCUUAUAAUUUAGAACAAUUCAAUAACAAUCUAGUAAGAACAACGUCUAAUUCAACGAUUGACGUCACGGAAACGUCAUUUGCGAAUGACACCAAUUUCACAGAUGGCAGUGAGUGCAGUUUAACUAGCAUAAACUUUGCCCUUCUCGUUCAAAAUAACCCCGACAUAGCACAUCUAACAGAUGAACUAUUAUGCUUGUUACAAGCAGCUCCUGAUCAAAUCAUAGAUGAAGUAUAAAUAUCAUAUCAACUUUUAACCUCCAAGAGUCCAAAUGUGUAUCUGGGGCGAAUAUACUAUUUCGCAAUGACUGAAGUGGAAGUCUUAUUUUGAGACUAGGCCUGCUCAUAUCUUCUAAUAAAAUUGUACAAAUCCUUUCAAAAUAAAAAGAUAUUCUAAGUAUUGUAUAAUUACACGAAUGGAAUAAAAUCAUAUUAUAUGUUCUUAUUUU